GGGCGAAGUUUAUCCAGAACAAACAAACAAAACAAAAAAAGGAUACUGGUCUUUAUGUGCAAUUUUUUGUACACAUAGGACGGUCAUCGGCAUCAGGAAAACCUCAUGUCAUUGAUGGUGAGAGAUAUCAGUAGAAACAAUUAGUCAGGGAAGCAGGUUAAAGAUCAGCUGCAACAACUCUGAACUGCGAGUCCUCUGACUUUCUUCUUCCUCCUAAGAAACAGCUAACCUUCCCCUUCACAUUCCUCAACUUGAGCAUCUCUCUCGUUAAACGCUCUAAAAAGUCUGCAUGUAAGGAGCAGGUUCAUAUCUGAAACAUCUGCUGCAAAGGCACUGUGGGGGCAGAGCAUUCACUCACUCUCACUUAUAUACUCUCUUAUUCAUGGUAUUGAAAGUGGUCACAAAGGGUAGUUGAGUGAGAUAUGCAGACUCCAAAACCAAGGUAAAUCCAACUCCUUCAUUCCAUCGCUUUUAACUACCUCCCUUUUUUAAUUCUGUAUGGGCAGUUGAAGAUUGAAUUGAAAAUUCCAGUUGGGGGUAAACUUGCUUUUUACUGUUGUGAGUGUCUUUGUUCUGUUGGGAACAAAAUCUCACAUAUGGUGGUACUCAUUUUUCUUCUUCUGCUCAUCCUACGUUGAAUAAGCUAUUCUGUUUUAUUGGAAUGAGUUAUUCACCCAUACUGGUUCAAUAUAGUCUUAGAUUACUCUUUCUGACAAGUUGCAUAAAACCUCUAGUCCUGUAUAAGCUCUAAUCCUCCAACCAGCCAUCAUCAGAAGAUUCAACCACAUAUAAACGAUAAAGCCAAACGACUCCUCCCAAACGAGCCAUAGUCAAUACCAAACACCUUUGAGAUGUUUACUUUUCCACAUAACACAAGGUCUAGAAAUCGUACUUCAGACAUACCUCAAAGAAAAAGGUCACCGCAAUCAGUGCCUCCAAAAGUUCCUACAAAGAUCUCACCACGAGCCGUUUCCAAUGAUGUUCCUAGAAAAGUUUCUCCGCGAACUUCCUCUCACAAUGCAGCAUCUCAACAAAAGAUUUCGCCAAGGAUUGUCCGCCAGCUUUUGCCAAACACCUCUAGCUCUACCACUUCUUCUCCGCAUUCAAUUUGCAGCAGUAAAAAGCAAAGAAGUCCCAAAGCCAAUGAGCAAGGAAGUCCCAAAGCCAGUGAACUAAGUUCACCCCAUAGUUUAGGGUCAGAGGAGCAUUCAAACAGGCGUAGUGAGUUGGAAUCUCAGAUACUUGAGCUUCAGAAUGAUCUAAAGAAAGUAAAAGAAGAGUUACAUUCCACAGAAGCAUUGAAAGAUCAAGCAAAUCGAGAAGCAGACGACACAAAAAGACAGCUUUCUCACUUAUCUUCAAAACUGCAAGAAUCUCAGGAGCAAUUGAUGAAACGAACACCCGCCCCAGCCUUAGAUGAGUCAAUAGAGCUUCAAAACUUGAAGGAGUCCCUGUCUGAGACUCUAUUGCUUGUGGAGGAAUUGAAAACCCAACUAAGCAAUUGCAGAGAGUCAGAAGCUAGGGCAGAAUCCCUCAUCAAUGAAAAACACAGAACCUUCGAAUCCGAAAUUGAAACCCUCCAAGAUGCUCUGGACGCAUCCGAAGCAAAAAUCGCCGAAGAACAAACGCGAAGCACUGUAGAGAUCAGAGGCGCUUACGAGUUCGUUGAACAGAUCAUCUCCUCGUCGAACCAGAAAGAGACCGAACUUAGAGACGAAGUACAGAAACUGAGCAUAGAGAUCGAGGAAUUGAAGGCGAAUCUCAUGGACAAAGAAACCGAAUUGCAAGGGAUAUGCGAAGAGAACGAAAACCUAGCUCUGAAAUUGGAGAAUAGACGGUCGGGACAGCGGGAAUAUGAACUGGAGAGGGAGGUUAGGUAUCUGAAGGAAAAAUUGACAGAAAUGAAGAUGAUAUAUGAGGAAAAUGGGAGGAGAAGUGAAGGAAUGAUGGAGCGGAUGGAGGUUGUGGAGGCGUACAAUGCGGAAAUGGAAGAGGAGUUGAGAAGGGUGAAGGUGCAGAGUGAGCAAUGGCGGAAGGCUGCAGAAGCUGCGUCUGCAAUGCUUUCAUCCGGCGCCGGGAUGAUCAGCGCCCCUCCUCCUCCUCCUUGCUUUGAAGAAGGAGAUGAAGAUCUGCAGAAGAGGAAAAAUGCAAAUGUGCUCAAGAGAAUUAGCAGCCCGUGGAAGAAGAUACAGAAAUAGCAGCUUCUUGCUGAGUGAGGGUUUUGAAGUUUUAUGGGAAUUUUAACAACAUAAGAAAAAAAUAUGUUGAAAUUUCAAAAUUGGGUACUGUUUAAUUUUUGAAAAAAUUCCGCUAAUAUUACUCAUGGACAAGUGACGGUAGACCUGUCCCCGAUUUCCGGUUUAACCGGAAUCGGAGUUUCCGAACUGGAACCGGAACUGAUCUGCAGCCAAGGUUCCAAACAUGCGGUUAAGGGAGGCUGUUUGGUUUUUUGGAUUUUUGAGAACCCGAACAGCCGGUUCCGGUCUGGAACCGGAAUUUUUUUUUUGAAAAGUUGAUUUUUAUAAGUUAUUAAGAAUAAGUUACAAAGAUUUGUAUGACAUCUUUAAUGUUUUUUAUAUCACAAUGUAUGUCUUUGAUUCACAAAGUAAUUUCCUUAUGA